AUGGCGGGUGCGGCGGGGGCCAGGCGCAGGGCCGAGUUCAACUUCUACCUCAGCUGCGACAUCAACCUGCAGGUCCAGCUGCGCGUGAGCGGCCUCUACGGCCUCCUGCCCGCCUUCCGAGCGCCCGCCGCCUCCGUUUGCACCAGCGGCGGCCCCGGCCUUGCCGGCCCGGCGGGCCCAGGGCCGUCGGCGGCGGCCGCGGCGUUUAUUGUCGCGCGGCUCGUGGCGGGCGCGGAGGAGCUGGGGAUCGAAACGAAGACCACAUACGCCGAGGCUUCCCUCGCCGGCUGCAGCUGGGACGAGCAUCUCACGCUGUGCCUGAAGUACCGCGACCUGCCUUGCGAUGCCCAUCUGGUGCUGGGCGUCUGGCAGGUGGCUGAAGGGCGGGGCGCCGCCUUGGUGGGGUCUGCGGCGCUGCCCCUGUUCAGCAAGAAGGGCCGCCUCAAAACGGGCCCGCAGCAGCUGAAGGUGCAUGAGGGCGCAGACGUCCUGCUGGGCGCCAGCGGCGGCGGGGGCGGCGGCAGCGGCGCUGCCAGCAGCAGCGGCGGCGGCGCGCUCCCCGCGUCAGAACCCGGCCCAGCCGGGCGCCGCGGCGCGCCUUUGCUGCUGCCCGCGGCCCUGCUGGCCGGCAAGCCUCGGCUGGGGGCGCGGGGGGAGGUGGCGCAGCUGUCCCACCUGGCGGCGCUAUACGCGCGCGGGGACAUACAGCGGUGCGGCUGGCUGGACGCGCUGACGUCACAGGUGCGCCGCGAGGCGGAAGCCACCGGCUUUCAAUAG